UCAGCUGCAGAAACGAAAUGCCCUCGAACACAUGGCCCAGGUCGUUGGCCAUACCCACUUGCUGCACACAUGACCACCGAGACACAUUGAGCGAAGAUGCACACUGCCCUGCACCUGCUGCUGGAGCUUCUCUGCAGACAGGGAUCGAGACAGAGUUCAAGAGGGCUGCAAUAGAGUUUCCUCUGCCUGUACCUGCGGCGUAGUACUGUGCAAUUCGAUUUUUCGCCUUGCCAAGCAGCUCUUCAGCCUGCGUCCUUUCCAGGCCCUCAUUCUGUCGACACGAUAGACACACAGACAAACAUGCAGUUUCAUCUUCGCUCUCUGUCCUCAUCGUACACAUCACCUCAUAUUCCGCCUCUUCCGCAGCCCGGUUCUUCUGGGCCUCUUUCAUGUCGCCAUCGAUCUGGACGAUGGCGGCUUGUAUUGACUGCAUCUGAGCUGCCGCAUCGGCCGCCUGCAUCACACGCACACAUACGGACGGACGAACAAGAGGGCAACCAUUCAUUUCUCAUGCGGAUGUACCUCCUCUUUCACUGUCUCAACGUCGCUCAGCAGCUGUGAGAUUGUCUGGCUCAUCGUCACGUUCUCCUGUCGUGUGUUCGCAAGCUCUUCACUGCAGUAAUCGCGAUGCUGGUCAUCCUUGUGCUGCUCAUCGGCCAUGGUAUCCAGCACCCGAUCGACCAGCCGCGCAACAGGCGCGAACUUGCUGCCGCCCUUAACCCGUGGCUGUCCCUGUCUCUGGACCUGGCCAAUGCCGGCACGCUGCAUGAGUUGACUGAGGACGGCAGGGGGCAAGGAAGCGGCCAGCUGCAUCAAUUGGGCUUUGGUCAGCUGCUGUGGCUGCUGCGCGGGGAGGCCCACGGGGGGUGAGAGAUGACGAGCAGCGGCCUUGUCGAGUUGGAUGAGAGAUGGGGCCGGCACGGUCUUUUUGAAAAGGUCCAGCGCGUCGUCGUCAUUAAUUAGUUUGACGGUCUGCCGACGGCACCACACCACAGAUAUGCAUGGAUCACUUCUGCCCAUGCGUCUCACCUCACUGAUGGCCUGAAACUCUUCGCUUCGUGACGCAGCACGAGCCUCGCGCUCCUGCAUGUUCAGCUCGGCCAUCAUUACAUUAUGGCUGAGCAGGAAACAUCAUUGGCUCCUGCCGGUCGUCUCACUCACCUUAGCUUUGGUCUCGCAGCUGUUCACCAAGCCCUGGAGUGAGUGCUGAUUGGCGGCAAGCCUCUCUUGUGCCUCCUGAGUGUGCCGUGUACACAUACCAUACGGUAAGUAAGGACAUCGAUGACAACGUCUUUUGUGAAUGUGUGCUGACCUUCAGGUUGGUCUUUCGGUCCUGCUGCUUCAUCUGUAGAGUUGCGUGGCGGUGGCUCUUCCGCUUGAGGGCCUGACAGGGGCAGAACACCCAGAAAGACACACCUGACCGCAUCAUAAAGAGCGCCCGCGUGUAUUAGCGAGCUGACCGCCUCUGCUGCCAUUUUCUCCUCAGUCUUGGAUUUGUGAAGCUCGUCGAACGCCUGGGCAGCUGCCUCCUCGCGCUUGUUCUCUGCAGCGACACAUUAUAACAGAUAAUACAUUGACUGCCUUGCUCGGCGUGUCGGAGCAAUCGCCAGCAAAGUGGUUGACCUUGUGCAAGGUCCUGCUCGAAGUUGUCCAGCAUUUGCGCGAGCAUGCCCAGGACCUCCAAAGACUGCGGGGAGUAGUCGCCGAAGGGGCUUUGCUGGCUGAUCGCGCUGAGCACCUGCUGACUGCGGCUGCUGCCCGAGGCCUGACAAAUGCCAAUAGCACAGGGGGAAGAUAUGCAUCACUUCAUUCUCUCGGGCGUCAGGACCUGCAGCUGUGCCUUCAAGCUGAGGAGCUGCUGACUUCCCUGCCCAUUGACAGAGGAUGUUGGCCAGCACUCAGUGAGGUUUUGUCUCAUACCUGUCCCUGCUUGAGGAUAGGAAUGGCCUGUUUGAGGGCCGCAAUGGAUGACCUGAGGUCGGCGGCUUCGCUCUCGUAAUCCUCCCUGUCGCGAGCCCUUCAUAACACCAGAGCACAACGUUCAAUGCCCUCCCGACUUGACUGCGGAGGAAUGGCACCUGACUGCGGCGGCUUUUUUAGUUCUGCCGUGGUUUCUCCUACUUCGUUUGUGAGGUCAUCUAUCUCCUGGCAGAACCGGCUGAGUGUGGCAGUGGUCUCCUUGAUCUUCCCCUCCAGCUUUGGAAUGGUCUCCUCAUCCGCCUUAAUUGCAUCGCUGAGCUGACUUUGCGUGGCUGACAAAACACACCCGGCCAAGUAUUCAUUGCUCUGUGUGGGUACCUGUCGACUCGUGUGUACCUUUGCAAUAGCACGCAUGUUUGUCGUACAGUUGGUCCUGUGGAAAUACAACGGCAGGCAGAGUCUGUGGGUCUCUCAUGAAAUGAACUGACCUCCUUCAGGGACUCCUCUUCGACCUCCUUGGCCAGCGCAUUCAAUAGAUUAACCACCUUCCUGAUGGGAUUUGGACCGGAAAGCGCAGUGCUACUAGCCGAUUGCUGCCCCCCGAACACACCGAUUGCCAGAACAGACAGCCAGGCCUUCAU